AUGGCCCCGGAGGAGAAGCAGAAGAACUGCACGCCCGCCACCCCAAUGAUGAUCGAGGAGGAGGCCGCCCUGCGGAACGGCAGCCGGGGGCUGCCGCCGGGACCCUGGGCCGAGGCGGCGGGGCCGAGACCCCGUACCACGGAGCAACACAUCGCCGUGCACAAACGCCUGGUGCUGGGCUUCGCCGUUUCCAUCCUGGCGCUGCUGGCAGUGACCAUGAUCGCCGUGCUUCUUAGCGUCCGCUUCGAGGAGUGCGGCGCCACCGCCGCCGGUUCGCCGCGGACCGGCGGCAACGGGAGUCAAUCGGGAGCGGCUCAGCAGCCACCCGGAGAGGGGCAGCGCCCCGACCGGCCCGAAGAAGAAGAGGGGGCGCAGGUUGGGGAGGCGGCGGAGGUAAAGCAGGAGGAGGAAGAAGAGGAGGAGGAGUGGCAGCGCCGGCGGGAGCCACCGCCCUGGGCCCGGCACCGACUGCCGCUGCACCUACGGCCGCUGCACUACAACCUGAUGCUCAGCGCCUUUAUGGAGAACUUCACCUUCAGUGGGGAGGUGAACGUCCAGCUGGAGGUGCGCAACGCCACCCGGUACAUCGUGCUGCACGCCCACCGCAUGCAUAUCGAGGUAGUCCGCGUGGCCGAGGACAAGCUGGCUGGCGGCGUGCAGGUGGCCCGCUCCUUCCUCUACCCCCAGACUCAAGUCUUCGUCGUCGUCCUCAACCGCAGCCUGGAGGUGGAGAGAAGUUACAACCUCAAGAUCAUCUAUAAUGGCUUCAUCGAGAACGAGCUGCUGGGCUUCUUCCGAAGCUCCUACGUCCUCUACGGCGAGAGAAGGUUUCUUGGGGUUACGCAGUUUUCUCCUACCCAUGCCAGAAAAGCUUUUCCUUGCUUUGAUGAGCCCAUCUACAAGGCCACUUUCAAAAUCAGCAUCAAGCAUCAAGCAACAUACUUAUCUUUAUCCAACAUGCCAGUUGAAACUUCUGUGUUUGAAGAAGAUGGAUGGGUUACAGAUCACUUUUCGCAGACUCCUCUCAUGUCCACAUAUUACCUAGCUUGGGCAGUGUGCAAUUUUACGUACCGGGAAACUGUCACCAAGAGUGGAGUAGUAGUACGGUUGUACGCAAGGCCUGAUGCAAUCCGAAGAGGAUCAGGGGACUAUGCUCUAAAUAUUACAAGGAGACUUAUUGAAUUUUAUGAAGAUUAUUUUAAAGUGCCCUAUUCCCUGCCAAAAUUAGAUCUUUUAGCUGUGCCUAAACAUCCAUAUGCUGCUAUGGAGAACUGGGGACUGAGUGUUUUUGUGGAGCAAAGGAUACUGCUAGAUCCAAACAUUUCUUCGAUAUCAUAUCUGCUGGAUGUCACCAUGGUUAUUGUACAUGAGCUAUGUCAUCAGUGGUUUGGUGACCUUGUGACUCCAGUUUGGUGGGAGGAUGUGUGGCUGAAAGAAGGCUUUGCUCACUAUUUUGAAUUUAUUGGGACAGACUACCUCUACCCAGGGUGGAACAUGGAAAAGCAGAGAUUUCUGACAGAUGUCCUACAUGAAGUGAUGUUGCUGGAUGGUUUGACCAGUUCACAUCCAGUAUCCCAGGAGGUGCAGCAAGCCACAGACAUUGACAGGGUGUUUGACUGGAUUGCCUAUAAAAAGGGCGCAGCUCUAAUUCGAAUGCUGGCAAAUUUUAUGGGUCACUCUGUGUUUCAAAAAGGCUUACAAGACUAUUUAACCAUUCACAAGUAUGGCAAUGCAGCCAGAAAUGAUCUCUGGAACACGUUGUCAAAGGCUUUAAAAAGGGUUGGAAAAUCUGUAAAUAUCCAAGAAGUAAUGGAUCAGUGGACACUACAGAUGGGUUAUCCUGUUAUCACUAUCUUGGGAAAUGAAACAACGGACAAUGACAUAGUGAUCUCACAAGAGCAUUUUGUUUAUGAUAGUGAUACUAAACCCAAGAAUCCUACCCCGGGAGACAGCAGCUACUUGUGGCAGAUUCCAUUAACAAUUGCAGUAGGAAAUGCGAGCCACAUCUCAUCAGAGGCAAUUAUAUGGGUGUCUAACAAAUCAGAACAGCACAGAAUUCCUGCUUUGGAGGAGGCAAGUUGGUUGCUGGGGAACAUCAACCAGACUGGUUACUUUAGAGUUAACUAUGAUACUAGGAAUUGGAGGCUGCUAAUUAAUCAACUAACAAUGAACCAUGAGGUUAUCUCUGUCAGCAAUCGAGCAGGCUUGAUUGAUGAUGCAUUCAGUCUAGCCAGAGCUGGUUAUUUGCCUCAGAAUAUUCCUUUGGAGAUUAUCAGAUACCUUUCAGAAGAGAAGGAUUUUCUGCCUUGGCAUGCUGCCAGCCGAGCUCUUUAUCCUCUAGAUAAAUUGCUGGACCGCUCAGAAAGCUACAACAUCUUCAAUGAGUAUAUUUUAAGACAAGUUGCAUCAAUGUAUCUCAAGCUUGGAUGGCCAACGAAUAAUUUGAACAAGUCACUUGUUCAAGCAUCCUACCAACAUGAAGAGUUGCGUCGGGAAGUCAUCAUGUUGGCCUGCAGCUUUGGUAACAAACACUGUCACCAGCAGGCUGCAACAUUAAUCUCGGAUUGGAUUUCUAGCAAUAGGAACCGAAUCCCACUCAAUGUGAGAGAUAUUGUCUACUGUACAGGAGUUUCACUGAUGGAUGAAGAUGUAUGGGAGUUCAUUUGGAUGAAAUUUCAUUCUACCACCACAGUGUCUGAGAAGAAGAUAUUAUUAGAAGCCUUAACUUGCAGUGAUGACAGAAACUUGCUUAACAGGCUUUUGAAUUUGUCUCUCAACUCAGAAGUUGUCCUGGAUCAGGAUGCAGUUGAUGUGAUAAUCCACGUAGCUCGAAAUCCACAUGGAAGGGAUCUUGCUUGGAAAUUUUUCAGAGAAAAAUGGAAAAUCUUAAAUGCUAGGUACGGAGAAGCAUUAUUUAUGAAUUCAAAACUUAUCAGUGGGGUAACAGAAUUCCUCAAUACCGAAGAAGAACUAAGAGAGCUAAAGAACUUUAUAAAGAGUUACGAAGAGGGAGCUGCUGCCUCUUUCUCUCGUGCUGUGGAAACAGUGGAAGCCAAUGUGCGUUGGCAAAGGCUUUACAAGGAAGAACUAUUCCAGUGGUUAAGAAAAUCCGUGACACACUAA